AUGGACUCAAAUUCUUCAAAUAAAAAUGGUAGUGUAGAUGCUGAAAAUCUGAACCUUACUUUAGAUAUGGGCGAUGAUAUCAAGAUAGACGAAGUAAAUUAUGAAAGCGAUGUUUCUUCAAGUAGCUCCGAAGCAUCCAGUGCUCCAAGCAUCAGUUCUGUAAGCAGCAACUCGUCAAGUCAGGGCCGUGAACGGCAUAAAAGGGCACAUUCAGACAACAAAAGUCCAUCGCCAGCUUCCAAGCGGGCCCGUUCAAAAGAAACUAAAAUUAAGUCUUACGAUUAUUUAACUAAAUUAAAUUACUUAUUUCGAGACGCUCGUUUCUUCGUCAUUAAAUCAAAUAAUGCAGAAAACAUUACCCUUUCAAAGGCUAAAGGUGUUUGGUCAACUUUGCCACAAAAUGAGGCAAAUUUAAACCAAGCAUACAGAGAAGCUAGAAAUGUUCUUUUAAUAUUCUCAGUUAAAGAGAGUGGGAAGUUUGCAGGAUUUGCUCGGUUACAUGGGGAAUCUAGGCAUGAUGUGGCGGCAAUCUCUUGGGUUCUGCCUCCAGGUUUAUCAGCAAGAGCAUUAGGUGGUGUAUUUAAAGUUGAUUGGAUAUGUCGCAAGGAAUUACCAUUCUCUAGUACAAUGCAUUUGUAUAAUCCUUGGAACGAUGGAAAGCCAGUAAAAAUUGGCCGUGAUGGUCAAGAGAUAGAGCCUAGGGUAGCUGAAGAACUUUGUAGGCUAUUUCCUGAGGAUGAUGGCAUUGAAAUAACUCCGAUUUUGCGACUGGCUAAAGAAGCUUCUAAGAAAAUGGGUAUAAGAGGUAGAAAUAUAAAAGCCAGAAUGCCAUUGGCAGCUAGAGCAACAUUUAACUUUAGGGGAGGCAGAGGAGCAUCUUUUUCGCGACGGAAACUGUUUUUGUCAGCCUCAGCUCGAAAUUUAUCAACUUCAACUUACCGUCGUUCUCCUUCACCACGUUCCCGAGAUAGAUAUCUUCCAUAUUAUGAUAGAGAAUCUCCUAGACCAUACACAGCAGCUGCCGCUGAAGCUUAUGUAGCUGAUUAUAUGCGAUCUAUGCAACAUCAACUACCCCCAUUACCAUAUGUGCCACCCCCAGGAUUAUAUUCUUCAUAUGAAGGCCUACCACCUACAAGGUAUUGUAACAAAAAAGGAAUUAUAGAAUAG